AUGAAGACCCCCUUACACAACUUUGUUGGAGAUAAAGUGAUCUUCGAGGGAGUCAUCUCCCUCCCUGUGAUGGCAGGGGAAGGACAACAUCAGGUUACACUUCUGGUGGACUUCCUCGUCGUGAACAUGCCGUCGCUGCAUAAUGUCAUACUGGGCAGAGCUUCCCUUAACGCAAUGAGGGCGGUCGUGUCCAUUUAUCAUCUCAUGAUGAAGUUUCCUGCAGAGGGACGGGUCAGGUACCUCCGAAGAAACCAGCGCGAGGCUUGGAGGUGUUAUUCUAUGGUGGUUAGAAAGGGUUCAGUGAAGCAGGCCCUCACCGUGAAUGUCCUCGAUCCCAGAGCUCCUGUAAAAGACUCCUCCACGGGGGACUUAGUGACCGUCCCACUCGAAGAAGCUGACCCGAGCAAAAUUGUUCCACUCGGAUCAUCGCUGAAUUUCGAGCAGCGGUCUCAGAUGCUGGCUUUCUUACAGCAGCAUAAGGACGUCUUCGCAUGGUCACACGAAGACAUGCUAGGCAUCUCUCCCGAUGUUAUAGUCCAUAGGCUAAACGUGGACCUAGAUCACAGGCUGGUAAAGCAGAAGAGGAGAGCAUUAGACUCCGAGAGGUAUUCAGCCAUAGUAAAUGAGGUGUUGAAGCUCCUCAGUGUCAAAUUCAUCGAAGAGGUGCACUACCCAGACUGGAUCGCAAACGUGGUCCUCAUGAAGAAAGAAAAUGGGAAGUGGCGGAUCUAUGUAGACUACUCAGAUUUGAACAAGGCCUACCCCAAGGACAGCUUCCCCUCACCCCGGAUCGACUAG